AUGCGCAAACGUAAAACGAGCCAUCAACCCAAUUUCAAGGCUGCACGAGUGGUAGUUCUCGGACAGGACGGUGUAGGAAAGUCAGGUGAGCUGGUUAUAUGCAACAAAUUCUGUGAACGUGCCAUACUGUUUUUUAUCACUUGGCAGGAAUGUUAACUGCCACUAUCUUAUCAGUAAGUGUGAUUUUUUUAUCGAGCUUCAUUUCGACUUUUUACUAUAAAAAGCAAUACGCACUUGAAAGUUCAAGUGUUUCAAUUUUCUUAAUUGUGCUUUCGGUAUAGUUCGCUCUCCAUUAACACAUUGUAGCCUGCAAAAAUCUCAGAUUUCGACCUUGGUUUUGUUAUGCUAUCAACUGAGUAAUUUCCAGAUUAAAGUUUAUGCGCUAAUAGAUUUUUUUUCUCAAUCAAGUUAGCUCUUCUCUAAGGUUACUCCAAAAUAAAUAUUUAAGCUUCUUAAGUGUCUGUAAUUGGAUUUUGCAAUAUUCACCGUAAUUAAAAUUGAUCGCUAUUUUCAUUUGCUAAGGUGCAAUAAUGCACGCGUUUAUAAUACGAAACCGUUUUAUUAGCGAUGAUCGUUUUUUUGUUUAUGUUUUCUUUCUUCAUGAGAUUAAUUGAAAUAAAUAGUGCCUUAGUGAAGCCUUAUUUAUCUACAUUAAUCAAUAUUAUUAUUACUUUGAAGAACAUUGCUGCGCAUUUUACGAGCUAAAAUAGAUAUUUUAGUGGGCUAAAGUGUAUUUUAGCCCGCUCGCGUGAUUGAUUGCUCGGGCUGUUUUGUCGUCAAUUUUUUUUUUCUUUCUUUUGCGGUUUUUAUAUGCGCAAUGCCCUACAUAGUGAUAUUGAUAGCGAUGAAGUUUUAUUCUUGGGCAUGAAUAUGUUUUCAGUCCUUCUCAGGGUCAGUUUACCACCUACCUACCGGCUCAGGAUAAAAUGGCCGAGAGUCAAACCCAGAACACAUUUAUGCCCACCCAAGAACAUAAACUCUAUCGGCGUAUAUUUUUGAAACUAAAGGUUUGUUUGCUCCCGUUCAAUUUAAACCGAAUCAUCAACAACCAGUCUUAAUCAAUCAAUCGUCUAAAUCUUUUGACCUGAAAUGCAGUCAAGCAACUCUAGGGAAACAUGCUCACUAAAAUGCAACCAACAUGAUUCAAUAAGAGAUAAAAGAAAGUUUUUGCUCCGUUGUCGAACAUGGCCUGACUCUCCAACGAAUUCUCUGUAGCUCGAUGAAAGAGCAUUCAACCGCGGAUUUCAAAGAUCUGGCUUUUGAAUCCUUGAUGAGAGAAACUCAUACUUCUUCCUUUUAUCCCACGCUAGUGACGAAAAAUCACUUCAGCAAUAUUUUUUGCGAGCUGUUUAAUCUUAUCUUCAAAUAACAGUUACUGUUCGGUAGUGCCUUCGUGUUAAUUAACAAUUUUCGUAUUUACUGACUAUUUAUUUGUUACGUAACAACUGAAUUGAUGGGCCAAAACAAACUUUGUGGCCGGAAGUUUAUAAAGAUGAAAAGAUAACAUUAACUUUGCGAUCGUUUUUAAGUCCGAAUUUUGGCUUAGUUUGCGUCAUCAAGAAAACAAAACUAUGUGUUCAAAAUCACAUUUUCCAAUCACAACGUUUUCUCAAAUUUUGAUUGAACAUUUAUGUUCGGGUCAAAUUGACAAAUUAACUGCGAAAAAAAAGAAAUUAACAUGACAAGGGCUGGAAAAAAUUUCCCUAGUUUUUACAAGCCGAGAAUGUCGACAUGAGAAAAACAACUCUAUUAUAUUCAGUUCAUUGAACAUGUAAGAGUUGAUCAAAAAAUUUAUUCUGUAGACAAAAUACUAUACCCCACCUAAAUGUUUAAUCUUAAUGAUAAUAAGAUAUGAAAAGCUGGCCGGGAAAUCAAUAAAAGCGCCUCAUUCCAAAUUAAAAUAAUUGUCUUCAAAGGGAUUCAUUAUAGAUCGUGCAGCAAAAUGGUCAAAGGAAAAAAUAUACAGCUUAUGAAAAUUUGAACAAAAGCUUUUCAUGAACUUUGCAGAGUUUUACUGAACUACUCGGUUUGUCGACCUCUUAUUUUUUCAAGUUAACAACUAUUGAAUCUUUGAAAUUCGUGUUGAAGUGAACUUUCCUAAUGUUCAACCAUUCUUCAAACUCUAAAGAGUCCAUUCACUUUUUCGAGCUGUAUUGAAAGUGCAUCUGAGGCUACUUCAUAUUGCUAAGUUAACUGAUUUUCUUUUUUCAUCUUAGCUGCUUUUUACAAGCUUGUCUGAUUUAUUCUUUUCUAUUGGUUACUUUGCAGCUCUCAUUGUCCGUUUUCUUACAAGAAGGUUUAUCACAGAAUAUGACCAAACGUUAGGUAGGUAGAACUGAUUUAUUUCCAUUCGUGGAAUUUUCGAGUCAUUUUGAUGAAACUUUGUUUAAACGAAACAAAGGCAACAUUUUUUUGAACGGAAUAAUUUUGGUUAAGUAAGGGUAUUCCACCAGUGUCAUGAUUGCACUUUCUGUUUACUUCUCAAAAAUCACGCACAUAUGUCUGCUAUUGGUCCAGAAAAACUUGCGCCACUUUCUUAACAAAUCAGAUGCAAAACUAAAACCAAUCACGACUUUGGUCGCCCGCGUUUUCCCGCGCUUUAGCGGGCAGAAUGGUUGUUUCACCUGUAGUUCUUAUUGGCUCUUAAAGUUAUUUCUUUUCUUCUGAUCGGCCUUUGAGAUUAGUCUGAUUUUGCUUUUAGUCAUUCAAUCAAAAAGCGCUAUGGUAGAUAGGCUCGAUCUCCCUCGUGUCCGGUCUUCGCUCCACCCCGAGGGGAGGAGCGCGGGCUCAUAUUCCCGAGCCUAUCUGAUACACUGUACACUUAUACACUGAUACACUAUCUAUCCCGAUAUAAUCGAGCCUAUCUGAUACACUGUAUAAUUCAUUGGGCUCAAAUAAUAUCCUUCUCAUCAUAUUUCAACUUCAGAAUCAACAUGGAGACACCACAUGGAAGUGGAUAAUGAUUUCAUCUAUGUUGAUUUAAUGGAUACAGCUGGAGAGGUAAACCAUCGGGAAACUUUUCAUUACUAACAACUCAGUUUGAAUUAUCCAGUCUUGAAUCAAUUAUGAAUUGAAAAAAAGUAAUAAUAACAAAGAGUUACUUUGGUGGAGCAGUGAAAAACUAAAGUAACGGAAUUUGUUGAGCAAAUAAAUAAAUAAGUAGAACGUUUUCUUUUAUCAGGUUGUUUUAACUUACUACUGCCGUUGGAAUAAAUCAUUUUCUCGAUUAAUUUCUAAUGACUCUAGAUGCAUUAUCAAUUUGUUUCAUUCGAAUAGUAUGAGCAACAGACAGACAGAGGCAUCUGAGCUGCAGUCUGAAAAAUCAUUUUCAAAAUUUUUAAAAAGUUUGCUUAAAUCAAAUGCACACUUAAAGGUGAAAUAAAAAUACAACGUUUCGUGUGUAAAUCAAAGUGAACUGGAGCGUCAGAUGUAAACAAGAGAGAUAGUCUUAAGCUUGACAGGCUUGGCGUAAGAUCCUCCCACUCUUAGUCAACAAAAAGUGAUAUCUCCCGAAUUUCAAUACCUUAUCAGCUUUUUUUUCCUACUUUGCAGAAUUCAGAAGUAAAGUUGAACAAUUGCCUCACUCGUGGAGACAUAUUCCUCGUAUUAUACUCCAUCACCGAUCGCUCGAGUUUCCACGAAGCUGGUCGUAUUGGAAGACAUAUCCGGAGACGAAAAACAAACGGAAAUUCGGUGAUGAUAAUUCUUAUUGGUACAAAAAGAGAUUUAGAACAUUUUCGAGAGGUGGAUGAAACAGAAGGCAGCGAUUUGUCUCAAGAACUUGAAUGUCCGUUUUACGAAAUUUCAGUUGCUUCAAGCGACGGAUACAAAGAGGUGUCGGAGAUGCUCUCAGGAUCGGUCAGACAGUACUUACGGCAUGAAAAAAUCGGCUCUAAUGAUAAACGGAACCAGCCUUCUUCGUUGUCGAAGAUGAAAGAAGGACUGAUAAAGAAGACGGGAUCUUUUCGUAGGAAAUCUGUGACGUUUUGAGUUGUAAAGGUGGUGCAUUUUAGCUUUACGGGGCGGAUUGAUGCAAAAGUUUUGAGGACCACAACAACAAGAAACUGUUUUAGUUCUCCGUCUAUUGUGGUCUUGACGGAAGAUCUGCCUGGGCGAGCCUUAACGCCGGAAAAUCAUCUCCAACGAAGAUGCCCCCUUUAGCUUCACUGUGAAGUGACUUUAUCUUCCUCGCGUUCAUUAAGCCUCAUUCUGAGACAUCAGGAAUAGUCAUUUUCUACACCAUGUUUGUGAGACAUAGAGUAAAUACUCAGGAAUGACGCUCGACGAAUCCCGCUAUGAUUACGACAAGCGUGCGUUCGUGAUACUUAUCGACGGAUACUCUUGACGUAAUAUCAGGACACGUGCGCACGCGAUAAAAAGGAAGUGCUAAAUAAACUAAUGAGUAGAAAAAGUUAUUGUAUAAAGUUAAUCGCUCAAGACUUUAAAACGACUUUAAAACUAGCAAACACGAAGGUGACGUUCCACAGAACCUACUUACGUGACUCAUAAGUUUUCUACCGUGUGAUGAUCAUCCAUAGAAAAGAAUAAAUAGAGUGUUUCCAGAACCA